AUGGAGGAAGCUAAGCUGCUACCGAAAGACACCGAGGCUCCUGCAUCUGUCGCGCGUGAGCAGAAUGUUACCCCUUGGAGCGUGAAGGGCGAGGUCGGAGAAGACGGCGAAGUGAAGGCGAUCAACUACAAUAAGCUUGUCGAACAGUUUGGAACCAAAAUCAUCGACGAUGCCUUGCUUGCGAGGUUCGAGCGAGUCACUGGGCACCAGCUUCAUCGCUUUCUCCGACGACGUAUCGUUUUUUCGCAUCGCGACCUCGAGUUAAUCCUAGACAAACAUGAAAAGAAGGAGCCCUUCUUCAUCUACACUGGCCGCGGCCCCAGCAGUGACAUUAUGCACAUUGGACACAUGGUCCCUUUCCAGUUGGCCAAGUGGCUAUCGGAUGUGUUUGAAGUGCCCCUCAUCGUGAUGCUAACGGAUGAUGAAAAGUACCUCAUGGGCAAGAUGGAUCGGACGGUGGAAGAAUACGAACACUAUGCGCGAGAGAAUGCCAAGGAUAUUAUCGCAGUUGGCUUCGAUCCCGACAGGACCUUCAUAUUCUCCGACUAUGAAUUCAUGGGCGGCGACUUUUACAAGAAUAUUAGCCGUAUAGCCAAGAGAAUCAACAGAGGGACAGCAGACUCCUGCUUCGGCUUCAACUCCAGCACAAGCAUUGGGAAGGUCCACUUUGCUGCUGUACAAGCAGCGUCAUCGUUUGCAACCUCAUUUCCAUUCCUUUUCGGCGCCAACAGGCUCCAGGCGGCUAAGAUCCCGUGCCUCAUACCCUGUGCAGUCGACCAAGAUCCGUACUUCCGCCUCACCAGGGAUGUCGCUAGUCAGCUAGGAUACACUAAGCCGUCACUCAUACAUGCGAAAUUUCUCGACGCCCUGCAAGGGCCUGGUUCCAAGAUGUCUGCCUCCGUUGAGGCAAGCUCCAUACUUCUGCGAGAUAGCCCUAAGCAAAUAUUGAAGAAGAUCACAAAGUAUGCCUUCAGCGGUGGCCAGGAAACACUUGAGGAUCACCGAGCCAAGGGAGGUGAUCCAGAAGUCGACGUCAGCUACCAAUACCUGAGAUUCUUUUUAGAGGACGACGAAGAGCUGGAACACAUUCGUCAUGAAUACCAAUCCGGGAGUAUGACAACUGGUGAGAUCAAAAAAAAAUGCGCGGACGAGUUGGCCAAGUUUUGUGUCUCCUUCCAGCAGCGACGUUCUCAAGUGACAGAUGAGAUGCUCGAUUACUUUAUGACCUCCCGGCAACUCUUGUACAGAGGUGUGAAAUUUGAUACGGUGCUGCCCAUGCUGGACGAUGAGUCGGCAAAGUCUAGAGAUCAGGAAAAUGGCAAGGGUUCCGAGUCGAAGAAUCAGGCGAAGAAGAAUGAGAAGAUACGGCUUGCUGAAGAAAAGAAGAGGCAAAAAACUAGGGAAAGGAGCAGUGCCAAUACUAGAAUCAGUUCGAAUUCUUAG